AUGGAAAGUAAACCAUCUCCAUCGCCCCAGCAUCUUCAAAUACGGAUCAAAUGUGUGAGGGGUCUCAAGGACAAGGUGCCCCAAGGCACUUACAUCCUCAGCGUGUCGCUGCUUGGUCAACUGGGGAGCUGUGUCUUGCAGUGGUGGCAAAUGGAGCAGCUGAAGACAAGAACACACUCAGUCAGGCAUGAUGGAAACUUCUAUGAUGUAGGGCUGUAUUUCCAUGAAAGCCUUUAUGUGGUACUUCCUCAAAAGAAAGUUGUGAAACCUGGCAUGGCCUUCUUGUUUGAGCUCUUCCUCCUUCGUGGGACAUAUGCUUGCCUUGACCGGGUUGUGGGCUGGGCAGUGUUCCCUUUGUGUGACAACAACUUAGAGGUAGUGGAGGGAAAAUUCAAAUGUCCUCUCCUCCGAGGACAUUAUGACCAGAAACUCAGUAACUUCAGGAAAAUUGAAGAUUUGAUUUGCCUGGACUUGGACCACUGGCUGUGCAAUCUCUAUUUUCAGGUAAUUAAACUUCCGUUGCAUUUGGAUGAUCAAACAAACCAUGAAAACCAUAUUCAGCCUUCCCCUGAAUUUCCAGUUUGUCUGAUGACUACAACAGAGAAAGCAGAAUCAGGUACCAGCCUUGCAGAGAAAAAAACAGAGAAAUACGUUUGUGCAUCCAUGGAUGAUGAAGCUAAAUCCACCUUACAGUCUUCUCAGGGGAGCCUUUCUAAUAAAACUGGCCCCUGCCCUACGGACUGUGAUCUCAACUUCUUAAAAGAAGACCAUGAAUUACACUCCAAGGGAGAUAGCCUGGCUGAUCAUUCUGUGAAGGAAAAAUCAACUGUUUGGAGAACUGGGGAAGCUGAGGUUUAUUCACAGGAUAUGUCUUACCUGGAAGAGCUGGAGGAACAUCAAUAUUCAGUUUGCUGCUCUUCGGUUGCUCAUAGUAGAUACGGAGAAUUCUCCAAGCAUCUCCACUUUGCUCUGGUGUCAGUGUUUUCACAACUUCAAUUAGCUCAAUGGCAAAGCCAGGGCUUCUGGUACAUUAUCCUGCUGAUGGCUUCUCUCUGGUUCCUGAGGCUCUACCUGCAUUACCUGGGCCAGUGGCUUUUCCUCCGGGCCAUUUCAAUUCCUGUUACAAAAUUCCAGUUUUCCCUGCACACUGUUGAGCUUUGCUACCCAAUCUCUUCACUUUACAUUGGAGAAGAGCUGACUGUAGUUGUGGUGGGGCCUUUGAUGCUGAAUGCAGUCCUACUUCUUUUGGUUCUGAUCAGAUGGGGCUGUCAGCUACUGUUUGCCUCCUGCCCUGAUGUCUUGUCAAAAUUAAUCAUUACCAUGGGACUAUGGACAGUUCUAGACCCAUUGGCAGUGUUUAUAGUGGAUACUCUCCUGGGGCGGCUUACACAUACUGAGGAGACUCCCAUAGCUGAUGCAGCAAAGCUCUACUGGAUGUUUGUAAGAACCAUGAAACCGGGCAUUUUUGGCGUGGUGAUCACACUGCUACUUUAUAUCCUCCUGUUCAUCAUUUCUUCUUUGAUUUUAUAUUUGUAUUGUCUCAGGUUGUACAGUGAUUCUUGGAUAUCAGAUACAUUUCAGCGCAUCCACAGUGAAGAAACUAAGUUCUUUAUGCCAUAUGAUUUGGAGAUUUCCAACCAAGAGCUAAGUUAUAUAGUGAAAAGAUCUGAACAAUGGAGAGGAAUCAAUGGUGAAAGAAGAAAGGUGUUUGGCAAUAUCAAUCACCUAAAGUUUGUCCACCGUGAAGUGAUCACAGCUAUUCAGGAGCACAUAAAUGAAAUGGACACUGUACUGGGAGAUUCCUUUGAUAUUAAAUCAAGAGACAUGAAAAGAACCCAUUAA